UGAUUGAAAACUCUGAGAUAAUGCUCGCGUCUCUGAGCUGACAUCCUCGCAUUCUCGAAAAACAAUAACAACACAUUUUCGCAUUGAGUUUGAUCAUGUCUACUGAGGUCGAAGAAUCAGCACCCGCCCAAGUCCCUACUCCAGUAGCAGCAACCAAAACAAAGAAGGCAACGGGAAAUAAGGCAAAGCCUGUCGUAAGUGCCUCUCCAGCUAAAAAGAAGAAAAAGAAGAGUAAGGGGCCCGGAAAGUACAGCCAGCUCGUCACUGAUGCGAUCCGAACCCUGGGCGAGAAAAACGGCUCAUCGCUUUUCAAGAUAUACAAUGAAGCGAAGAAAGUGAGCUGGUUUGAUCAGCAGAACGGUCGCAUGUAUCUGCGCUAUUCCAUCCGCGCGCUCCUGCUCAACGACACGCUCGUGCAGGUCAAGGGACUGGGGGCCAACGGCUCGUUCAAACUCAAUAAAAAGAAAUUUGAGAAAAAGCCAAAGAAAAGAGCCAAGAAGACGGAAAAGCCAGCCAAGUCUGCGCCCAAAAAAGCCGUGACCAAGAAAGUGAGUGCAAAGAAGACCGCCAAAAAAAGCUCAGUUAAAAAGACGACUAAGAAGGCUGGUGUUAAGAAGGUGACUGCCAAACCGAAGAAAGCAGCCGCAAAAAAGCCAAAAGUCGCAGCGAAGAAGGCAACCAAGGCAAAUAAAACAAAAUAGACUUUCUUUGGAAUUGGAGUUAAAAAAAAUAAUUUGGUCUAUUCUUUGAAAAUAUCGCUGUUGAUUUUAUGUGUGCUAGCUAAUUUGGGGAUUUGGAUGCAGUUUUUCUAGAAACUGCUUCUUAGAGACACACCCACUUCAGUUUCUGUGAGACGUCAUGCUUUUGUCUGAUGUAGGCUAAAUACCAACCGCUUUGUAAAUAUUUGUUAGCAUUAGAACAGUGUUGUUGUUUUUUAAAUUUGUUUUAUUUGCUCUGUAUAUGCAUUGUUUCUGGACUGUAAUAGCUAUGUCCAAAUAAACCUCUGUUUUUAAAAUACAAA